GAACAUCAAACAUUCGACGAUACGAUCAAAUAAGGAGACAAGCGGGCAGUCGGGCAAAAAUAAAUCAAGCUAAAGACAAACGCAUUCUUUAUAAAAAAUUCACCAGGUAGAUUUUUUUCCUUUCCCCUCAUUUCUACCGGCGCGCGGGAAUCGGUCGAAAGUGCUGUGAGGAACUUUAUGCCGUGUUCGCCCCGCCCACGUCACGUGCAGUUGGUGCAGAGCAAGGAGAGCAGAGUGGAGAGCAGUGUGUAACUGGUCUUGAAGCUAGCAACAGUUAUGGCAGCACAAAUGUCAGAAUCUGAUCAGAUCAAACAGUUCAAAGAAUUUCUUGGGACGUAUAAUAAACUGACAGAAAACUGUUUCCUGGAUUGCGUGAAGGACUUCACAACGAGAGAAGUGAAGGCAGAAGAGAUUACCUGCUCAGAACACUGUCUACAAAAGUAUUUGAAAAUGACCCAGAGGAUAUCGAUGAGAUUUCAGGAGUACCACAUACAACAGAACGAAGCUUUAGCUGCUAAAGCCGGACUUCUUGGUCAGCCCAGAUAGAUAAGUGGAAUGAACCCUAUGAGCUUGUAAAGAUUGGAAGAGCUUGUUGCCCUGCAAGACAAAGAUACAGCCGAGUCUUAUGGGCGUGUCUGUCCUCCAUACUGCAAUGGCAGCUUUGUGCAAUUAAAGGAAUGGAGUAAACUUGAGUCAGCAGGGAUCAGCUAUUUUUCAGGUGACACACAUAUAAAUUCCCACCUGUUGAGAUUUAAAAUACUUUUGUAAUAAACUGUUUAAAAACAUUAAUGUAUCUUAAUCUGACUAAAUGUUAAAAUGCAAACCGUCCAUUACAUUGCUCAGGGAAUUAGAUUGGUUUUAAAAGAAAUUAAAAGAAAUGUUUUAUAUUUUUUUUUCUUUCUUGGAAA